CCCUUCCCUAGUCUCGCGCACUGAGCGCGCGCUCCGGAGCGCCACCUACCCGCCCAUCGACCUGCUGUCCGCUCCGCGCGCGCCCCGCCUCCCCCACCCCCAUCGCGCGGCGGCGGCGAGAGCUGCUCAGCCUCAGCACAAGGUGGAAGCAUGAGUGAAUUCCGCAUUCACCAUGAUGUCAAUGAGCUGUUAAGCCUGCUGCGUGUUCAUGGAGGGGAAGGAGCUGAAGUGUACAUAGAUCUCCUGCAAAAGAACCGAACGCCUUAUAUUACCACAACUGUGUCUGCACACAGUGCUAAGGUUAAAAUAGCAGAAUUUUCUCGAACUCCGGAAGAUUUUUUAAAGAAGUAUGAUGAGCUGAAAUCUAAAAAUACAAGAAAUUUAGAUCCUUUGGUGUAUUUGCUGUCAAAGCUCACAGAAGACAAAGAGACACUCCAGUAUUUGCAGCAGAAUGCUAAGGAAAGGGCAGAACUUGCAGUGAAUGCCACAACAAGUGGCAGCACCAGUUUUACCAUUCCCUCAACCACUUCCAAGAUAUCCAUGCAGGAACUCGAGGAGUUACGCAAGCAACUUGGCAGUGUAACAACCAGCUCCACUGUACAGCAGCCUCUUGAGCUUAUACGAAAGAUACUCCGAGACAAGCAAAACAAGAAGAAUUCUGGCCAGCCUAUUCCAGUAUUUCCAGCCUGGGUGUAUGAGAGAUCUGCACUUAAUGGGGAUUUCUUAACUGGUUCCAGUUUAAGCACUGACACAACAGUGCCUAUAGGUACCUUACCCUUAGCUUCUCAAGAGUCUACAAUUGUGGAAGACUUGCUGUAUGUCUUGACUGGCGUGGAUGGAAGAUACAUCACAGCACAGCCUCUCAUAGGCAGGCAGAACCGAGCUUUCUUAGUGGAUCCCAAUUUGGACAUGUCAGUCAAAGAGCUAGUGACCAGGAUUCUUCCUGUAGCUGCGAGUUACUCCACUGUGACCAGGUUCAUUGAGGAAAAAUCUUCGUUCGAGUACGGACAGGUAAAUCAUGCUUUGGCAGCAGCAAUGAGGACCCUUAUCAAGGAAUACAUGAUUCUUAUCACCCAGCUGGAGCAUCUUCAGAGACAAGGGCUUUUGUCCCUACAGAAACUGUGGUUUUAUAUCCAGCCCACCAUGAGGACCAUGGAAAUUCUUGCUUCACUUGCCACUUCUGUGGAUAAAGGUGAGUGUAUGGGAGGGUCAACCCUUAGCUUACUUCACGACAGGACCUUCAACUAUACAGGAGACAGCCAAGCACAAGAGCUGUGUCUAUACUUAACCAAGGCAGCCAGUGUGCCUUAUUUUGAAAUUCUGGAGAAGUGGAUCUAUAGAGGCAUCAUCAAUGAUCCAUACAGUGAGUUCAUGGUGGAAGAACAUGAGUUGCAGAAGGAGAAGAUACAAGAGGAUUAUAAUGACAAAUAUUGGGAUCAAAGAUAUACUGUUGUUCAGCAACAAAUUCCAUCAUUCCUACAGAAAAUGGCUGACAAGAUACUUAGCACAGGAAAAUAUUUAAAUGUUGUUCGAGAAUGUGGUUGUGAUGUUACCUGCCCUGAGGCUAAAGAGGUCAUCUACACUUUGAAAGAGCGAGCAUAUGUGGAGCAAAUAGAAAAAGCUUAUAACUAUGCUAGCAAGGUUCUUCUGGAUUUCCUAAUGGAGGAAAAAGAACUUGUGGCUCAUUUGAGGUCUAUAAAGCACUACUUCCUAAUGGACCAAGGAGAUUUCUUUGUUCACUUCAUGGAUCUAACAGAAGAGGAACUGAAAAAGCCGGUAGAUGACAUUAUACCUACUAGAUUAGAAGCUUUGCUUGAAUUAGCCUUGAGAAUGAGCACUGCCAACACAGACCCAUUUAAAGAUGAUUUAAAGAUUGACCUGAUGCCCCAUGAUCUCAUUACACAGCUCUUGAGAGUUCUGGCCAUUGAAACGAAACAGGAAAAGGCCAUUAUCAAUGCUGAUCCCACAGAGCUCACUCUCAGUGGCCUAGAAGCAUUUUCUUUUGAUUACAUUGUCAAAUGGCCUCUGUCACUCAUUAUAAACAGGAAAGCUUUAACCAGAUACCAGAUGCUUUUCAGACACAUGUUCUAUUGCAAGCACGUGGAGAGACAGUUGUGCAAUGUUUGGAUCAGCAAUAAGGCUGCUAAGGAGUACUCACUACAUUCAGCUAAGUGGUUUGCUGGUGCUUUCACACUACGACAGCGGAUGCUGAAUUUUGUACAGAAUAUCCAGUAUUAUAUGAUGUUUGAAGUGAUGGAACCUACAUGGCAUAUCCUUGAGAAAAACUUGAAAUCGGCUUCCAAUAUUGAUGAUGUCCUGAGCCACCAUACGAGCUUUCUGGAUAACUGUCUAAAGGACUGCAUGCUAACAAAUCCUGAGCUGCUGAAGAUCUUUUCCAAGCUGAUGUCUGUCUGUGUCAUGUUCACAAACUGUAUGCAGAGAUUUACCCAAAGCAUGAAGCUGAAUAAUGAAAUGGGCCGGCUUACGUUAGAGCACGGCACGAUGUUGGGGCCACCAACAGAGCAGGAACGUGCCGAGGAAGUUGUGAAGAAGCAGCUAACUAAUAAACUUUUAGCAGAGCAUGCAGACGCCUUCCAACUAACAUCUGGCUUUGAGGCAACUAUCAACAAGUUUGACAGCAAUUUCUCAACACAUCUCCUGGACCUUCUGGAUAAGCUGAGCGUUUACAGCACCAAUGACUGUGAGCACAGCAUGAUCAACAUCAUCUACAGGCUGGAUUUCAAUGGAUUCUACACAGAGCGGCUGGAGCAUAUUUCUGCACAGAGGAGUCAGAAAGUAGUUUCUGAAGCUCCCCUUCUUCCCAGGGUCGUUGUAUCCACCCAAUGAAGAUUUUUGUUACAUAUUUUAGAUGCUGCACCUUUCGCAUCAGAAUACAGUACUCUUGCUCAGUUGUAUCUGUGAGUAGUUUGCACUUUAAACUCCAUGAAAGCUAUAAAACAAUAGUUGUCUAAUAAGAUAGUGUUUGAGCUUCUGAAAUCUAAACAUGGAAAGGAUUUUGUCACUUCUGAGAUACUUUUGUUAACUUUUUUACCAAAUAUUAAAACUGUGUGUGUUGUAUAAUAUAUAAAGAAAUAAAACAUCAGAAUUGUUUGGUCUCUGUUA